UUGAGACCUGACCCGAUCCAUUGCAGUGUAACCGUUAACUGCUUUCUCUGAAUCCCCUGGGAACAGAGAAAGGGAGAAAAAAAAGAGAGUGACAUUGAAGCUGAAGGUGAGAGAGCGCAUGCACACGAUCAAUUUCAAGCUCAAUUUCAAUUUGAGACGAACCAUUGUCAUGAAGCCAAAAAGCUCCCCAAACGCAAAACCUCCAUCAACGCCUCCAACUCCACAAAUCAAAACCCUCCACAGAACCCACCGCUCCAUCGUCAAACCACCAAUAGCAUCAUCCAUUCCGAAACCCUUACAAUCCAAUCCCAACUGCGAGUGGGUCCCACUCAAUCUCACGCGCCAAGAACUCUCGCUCUCGCUCACCUUCCCCACCGGUCAAACCUUCCGCUGGAAAAACACCGCCCCCAAUCAAUUCACUGGCGUUGUUUCCUCCCACCUAGUUUCCCUCAAGCACCUCCAAAACGGCGACGUUUCAUACUGCCUCCAUUCAACACAGGCCCACCACCACCACCGUCGUCAAGCCAUGGAGGCACUCCUCGAUUUUCUAAACGCCGGCGUUUUGCUCUCCAACCUCUGGAAUGUGUUCUCCGAAUCCGAUGUCAGGUUCGCUCAGCUGGCGGAGCACCUCGGCGGCGCGAGGGUGCUCCGGCAAGACCCGUUUGAGUGCUUGAUCCAAUUCCUGUGUUCAUCGAACAACAACAUUGGGAGGAUUACCAAGAUGGUGGAUUACAUUUCCUCUUUGGGGACAUACUUGGGCACUGUUGAGGGAUUCAAGUUCCAUGCUUUUCCCACUUUAGAGCAGCUCUCCUUGGUCUCGGAGGAACAGCUUAGAAAAGCUGGUUUUGGUUACAGNNNNUCUUAUAUAGUUGGGACAGUGAGUGCUUUGCGAUUGAAACCAGAAGGAGGCGAAGAAUGGCUUAGAUCUCUGCGUGAGUUGGAUCUGGAAGAAGUUAUAUGUGCACUUUGUACAUUGCCUGGGGUGGGUCCUAAGGUGGCUGCUUGCAUUGCUCUAUUCUCCCUUGAUCAGCAUCAUGCCAUUCCUGUUGACACCCAUGUCUGGCAGAUUGCUACGAGGUACCUCUUACCUGAGCUUGCAGGUUCCCGGUUGACGCCUAAGCUCUGUGAUCGUGUUGCGGAGGCUUUUGUAACCAAAUAUGGUAAAUAUGCUGGCUGGGCCCAGACUCUUCUAUUUAUAGCAGAAUUACCUUCACAAAAGGCCCUCCUCCCUUCACAUUUGUGGACUAUUGAGCAGCGCGACCGUGCAAAGAAGGAAGAUAGUGAAGAGGAAGUUGGUUAAGGAAGCAAUUGUAGUCUUUGGUCCCAAAUUUUCUGCUUACUUUUUCGGCAUUUUUGUGGGUGAGCAAUUACCAACAGAACCAGAAGGCAAUUACCAACAGUAAUUAGCAAUGUUAAGGGCACACAGUUAGUGCUACCAACAGAUUCAUUAUUAUUAUGAGUAAACUACCAUUUUUACCUACGAAAGUUUUUAAUGUUGAUAAAUUUAUCCAUAAAAAAAAAACUACCAUUUCUACCCAUAAAAAAUGGUUUCGUAUGAUAAAAUUAUCCAAACAAUGAAAAAUUACAAAAAAUCCCAAAAUUACCCUUUUCCUAACCCUAAUUUCAAUAUUCCUCUUCCAAUUCUCAAUCCUUCCUUUUAUUCUUUUCCUGGAUUUCACCAUCUCCUUCACCAACACCACCACUACCACUAGCUAUAAGCCCUAAUUUCCGAGACAAAGGGAACUUCGGCGACGCACCACCUACCGCCAGGGAUUGGAUCCCGUCCUCCACGCCCUCCUGCGUCACCUCCUGGUAGAAAGCGUCUCACGUGCACCACCCAAAGAAAUCCACGAUUCUUCACGACCUGGAAUGCGUCGUGGACGGUGGCAAAGGGGCCGUUGCUGGUGUUGAUGAAGAGCGCGUGGCUAAAGGACAAUACCUUUGUGUCGGAAUUUCUACUCUCGAUGCAAAGCUCGAGCUUGUCGCGGUUGUUGCCUUGAAGGCAUGCUCUGAAGCUUCCUUCAAUGAGAGGGAGGAAGACGGUGUAGACGAUCUGGUUACUCUCAUCAUCGUAGUCGGAUUCAAGGUGGGAGCCGUCCUUUGUCUCCCAUCUUCUGAGCCAUCCACCAUAGCUUGAAGCGGAAGGAGGAAGGUGGGGCUUACAGUUGGUGACGAUGGUGUUAGUGGCGGUGGUGAAGGAGAUGGUGAAAUUCAUGAAAAGAAUUUUGGGAAAGGGUGUUGAGAUUAGAGUUAAGAAAAGGUUAAUUUGGGAUUUUUAGGUGAUUUUUCAGUAUUUAGAUAAUUUUAUCGUACAAAAUUAUCUUUUAUGAGUAGAAAUAGUUAUUAUUUUUUUUUUUUAUUAGUAGAUUUGUCUGCAUUUAAAAUUUUCGUACUACUACUGUGUGGUAACUGAUCCGGUGGUCGAAGUUAAGCAGUGCUAGUGAACUGUAAACACAAGAUUAUUGGUUCAACCCUUUUGACAAGGCGUUUACGCAUAAGUCAUAACGGAGUCAUGUUUUGACUUUUUCAACUUUUAUUUGAUGCUUAAUUUGAGGUAUUGAAGAAGUAAGAUAGUAUUUUUGUGAUUAAGGCGGUACAGAAAUAUUAAUAAGUAUUACUAGUCUAGUUAUCUAAAUAGUAAAUACCCAGGAAAGAAAGUACCAUUCAAGAGAAAAUGUAAAAAU